AUGGCAACCUUCAGCUCGAUGCGCUUCGCUCAGAAUUCAGUGCAAGGCUUAACCGGCGUGGCCGGGAGGUCGGGCUAUGGCAACACUGGUAGUGUUGCUGUCGCCUUUGACACGGGGCCCGUGGACGACAUCCAGAGCCCGCCGCAGAAGUUGCUCUCGCAAAGUCCGAGGCAGCCAGCGCCUCCGCUGCUGGCAGAGAAACUGACAAGAGCUUGUCAGGCACGGUCAUCUUUGCCCUCGCAAUGGCAGCAUGUGCAACCAGGGCAAAGACCAACCGAAUCCAGUGAGGUCAGGCAAACUCCAAUCUGCCAUCCCAGCCCGAUGCAGCCAAGCCUGAGCCGUCAGGGGCAAGCUCAGACGACUCGGGCAGAGCAUUCGCAACAGGCUUCGCAGAGGUCUUGCCAACCCUUCAUUGAGUCGGCAAGCGGGACAGUGGACGACAUCCAAAGCCCGCCGCGGCAGAAGUUGCCGGCAUCCUCGCAAAGUCCGAGGCAGCCAGGGCCCCCGCCACUGGCAGAGACGCUGACGAGAGCUUGUCAGGCGCGAGCCAAUCAUUCAACGCAGCCGGGAGUCAGGAGGAGGAACCAAGUCCCGGAGCUGGCCACGAGCUGGAAGAGCUUUCAGGCGCAGCCCACGGGAACCGGGCGGGUGCGUAUCGACGGCGACCGGAGCGACCGGGCCGCGUCCCCGCGAGACGAAUCGCCGGGGUCCGAGCUCAAUCCGUUGAGGCCGCCCCAGCGGGACACGUCCUGGACUCCUCAUGCCCUCAGCCGCUGCAAGCAAAUGAGUUCUUCGCGAUCUACAUCCGGCAGCCAGGGGCAGGUGGCUUCCGUGGCCACUCCGAGUGGCGCAGGCUUGCGCAGGAUGGACCGGGAGGACGAAUCGACAACAUUGCUUGGCAGGAAGACCGGCAGCGGCCCUUUUCCAGCGAACGGGGCGAGCAUGGUGAACAACCCGAUGCAAGCAGGCAUCCAGCCCGGGCCGAACACCGCGUCUGCACCCGACAGCAGCGAUGCUUACGCGAGGCAAGCCUGCGGCGGUGUUGAACUGCCGAAGACCGGCAGUGGCCCUUUUCCAGCGAACGGGGCGAGCAUGGUGAACAACCCGAUGCGUGCAGGAAUCCAGCCCGGGCCGAACGCCUCGUUUGCACCCGGCUGCAGCGAUGCUUACGCGAGGCAAGCCUGCGGCGGUGUUGAAUUGCCGAAGACCGGCAGUGGCCCUUUUCCAGCGAACGGGGCGAGCACGGUGAACAACCCGAUGCAUGCAGGAAUCCAGCCCGGGCCGAACACCUCGUUUGCACCCGGCUGCAGCGAUGCUUACGCGAGGAAGACCGGCAGUGGCCCUUUUCCAGCGAAUGGGGCGAGCAUGGUGAACAACCCGAUGCAUGCAGGAAUCCAGCCCGGGCCGAACACCUCGUUUGCACCCGGCUGCAGCGAUGCUUACGCGAGGCAAGCCUGCGGCGGUGUUGAAUUGCCGAAGACCGGCAGUGGCCCUUUUCCAGCGAACGGGGCGAGCAUGGUGAACAACCCGAUGCAUGCAGGCUUCCAGCCCGGGCCGAACACCUCGUUUGCACCCGGCAGCAGCGAUGCUUACGCGAGGCCGGCCUGGGCCUGUGGUGUGGGCGGCCCGCUUCCGGGCGCUGCUCCUGGUCAUGCCGCCGUUCCGGGAACGGUGCCAACUGCAGGUUGCCCAUCGACUCGUGCUGGCGCUGACAGGAGUGCCGUACCGCCUUCGGCCAUCUCCCAGCCGAGCACAGCCCAGCCGGCAGGGCCCCAGCCGAAAGCCUCCACUCCUACAAGGCAGAUGUACACGGGGGUCCAUGUUCAGCUGGAGCUCUGUCCUCUCUGGUCAUCGUUGCUCUUCGUGGCCAAGUGUCCACGCUGGCCGCCCGCCCUGCUAGCCGAGGUCACGUCUUGGCCCAGUGCCCAGAAGAGAGAGGGCGAGAUGGGCGAGGAGGAGGUCUCCUUCAGUGGGGCCCACUACAAGAGCACCCUGGAGCGAUUCGAGGUGCAGCGCAAGGAUUGGGCCGGUGCUCUGCAGAGGCUGGCGGAGAUGUGGGACUUCAACCUCUCGCCGAGUGCUAUUGCCUACACGCAAUGCAUCAGCUGCUGUGCAAAAGCAGGCAAGCUGACGAUGGCUCUUCAUCUUCUGCGUGAGUUGCGGGCGACACCUGGGGUCGAAACAGAUGUCGUGGCUGUGAAUGCCGGUCUGAGGGCCUGCGCACUGCGGGGUGCCUGGCGAGAAGCGUUCCACUUAGCAAGAACGGUGCCCUGCAUGACUUUGCUGCCCUCUGUGGUGACCUGGUCGUCCACGAUCAGCGCCUGCGAGAAAGGUGGCAACAAUUGGCCUGCAGUCUUCAACAUUUUCAAAGUUAUGCGCCAAUGCAUCAUCCGCCCCAACACCAUCACCUUGAACGCCGGAAUCUCCUCAUGUCGAAACUGUUGGUCGCAAGCGCUCUUCUUGGCAGCCACCGAAGGGCCCUUGGCCGCAGAGACGCAAAGAGACCUCCUCAGUUACUCGGCGGCCAUCUCCGGCUGUGAGCGUGGGGGCCAGUGGUCUCAGGCUCUCAUGCUUUUGCAAGCCGUCUCGAAGAGGAGCUUGCGAAGAGACGUUCCGUUCUUCUCAUCGGCGGUCAGUGCCUGUGAGAAGGGCAUGCAGUGGUUGACGACUCUCCAGCUUCUCGACAUUCUAGAGGCACAGCAGCUGGUUCCAGACGUGGUGGUGAUCGGAGCUUGCCAGAGCCAAUACUUGUGGACCUCGGCUCUCCAGCUGCUCGAGGAGCUCCCCGGCCGCUCCUUGCUUCCCAGCCUGGUCUUCUGCAACGCAGCGCUGAGCGCCUGCGCGCCUCGCUGGCGCUGGGCCCUGCAGGUCCUUUCGGCUCUGGGCGCAUGUGCUCAUCGGCCCGAUCAGCACACUUUCGUGGCGGCCAUUGAUGCCUGCGAACGCGGAGGACGCUGGCAGCUGGCCUUGGACCUGCUGCAACGUCUGGUCAGCUCACGCUUGGAGCUGAAUGCCUAUCCCUUCAAUGGGGUAUCUUCUGCUCUUUGCAGCUCCGGUCGCUGGGAGCUUGCUCUGGAGCUGAUCUCGUUGAUGUUAAGGCAGGCACUACGAACAACUCAUGUUCAACAUGCACUUUCUUCGAAGGGACUGCAGCUCUCGGCCCUUCCAUCCUGGGCAUGCGCUGUGGUGGGCUUCGAGAAGCCUGGAGCACCUGUGUGUGGUGGGCUCUCAGCCUGCGAAGCACGCGCCAAGGUGGCGGGGUUCCUGGAGUCUCUGCCGCAGGGCUCCUCCGUGCUCCCCUACCAACGCGAGUCGGUGGAGUUCGGCCUGCAACGCGGCGGCCGCGUCCUGCUGGGGGAUGAGAUGGGCCUCGGGAAGACGCUGCAGGCUUUGCUCCUGGCGGCCCAGUACGAGGCCGAGUGGCCCUUACUGGUGGUGGCUCCGUCCUCCUUGCGCUUCGUUUGGCGUGAGCAGGCCGCGCAGUGGCUGCCCCAUCUUGUGGGUGCAGACGGCGGCCAAGUGCAGGUGAUCAGGACCGGGAAGGACAAAGUCAACAAGUGUGCUCGCGUAGUUGUCACAACUUACGAUCUGCUGCGGCGGAGCGAGUCCUUGCGACGCCGUGCCGAUGGUCGUGACUAUCUUGCAGUCAUCGUGGACGAGUCGCAAAACAUCAAGGAAGCAAGCAGCCAAAGAACAAAAGUGGUGGUCGGGAUUUGCAAGGCAGCGCGCCGUGUUCUUCUACUAAGCGGCACACCAGCUGUGAAUCGAGCGGCCGAGCUCUACACGCAGCUCGAGGCGCUUCUCCCUGCAGAGAUGCCCAGUUUUGCGCAGUUUGCAGAGCGCUUCUGCUACAAGCAGACGCAGAACUUCGGUGGGCGCCGUACGAUCAAGUGGAUCGGCGUGCAGCGUCCAGCAGAGUUGCAUUGUCUGCUGAACACUGUGAUGAAGAGGCGCCUGAAGAGUCAGGUUCUGCAGCAGCUUCCAGAGAAACGGCGCAUGCGAGUGCCCUUGGACCCUGAGAAGAUGAGCCAGGAGAAACUUCGUGAUGUGGAAAGGCGAACUCGACAAAUGGGAAACGUCGACUUCAACUCGGGGAAGGCUCUGGGAGACACUGCGCAGCUCUUCCGAGACACCGCCGAGGCCAAGUUGGCGGCGGUCCUCGACUACGUUGAACACUUGCUGAGUCUGGAGACGAAAUUCCUGAUCUUUGGUCACCAUCGUCUGGUACUGGAUGCGCUUGAAGAAAAGCUGAAGCGGGCAAAAUUUGGGUACAUCAGAAUUGAUGGCCAAACGGGUGCGUCGGAACGGCCAAAGCUCGUCAGCCGAUUCCAGGAGGAUGAGUCUGUCCGUGUUGCAGUGCUGAGCAUCACCGCGGCGGGAACUGGGCUGACACUUACGGCUGCGCAGACCGUCGUCUUCGCCGAGCUCUACUGGGUACCUGGGCAGAUGCAUCAAGCGGAAGAUCGAGCGCAUCGGAUCGGCCAGCGGGACUGCGUCUCUGUCCACUACCUCAUUGCGAAGGACACAUUGGACGAAGUUCUCUACAGAACUCUAGAGAAGAAAACCGUCAGCACCACCAGAAUCCUGAAUGGGCAUGGUUCUGGCCUGGACAUGCUGCAGCAUUCGCCGGAAUGCGAUGGCAGCUUAAAGCGCAAGGUGGACAGCAAUCCGGAUACAGCAAAAGCAGAGCAGCCGGAGAAGUGCCGGCGCAGCGAUGCUCUUCGCACUCCCGGCUGCUGA